CAAGGCAGAUUUGUAAUGAAGGAUCUUUGGCAAUGACAAUUUGUUGUGAUAUUUUUACGUAAAAUUAGUUUAGAAUAGUUUUUGAUGACUAGUGUAACAUAAAAUUGACAUGAAAUCGUUUUGUGAGAGAUGAGUGUCUUCGGGGAUUUUCAGCGUGUGUGGGUUCAACGGUUUCCAGAGAGUGCACUGCCAGCCGCUUGGGAGGAAGAUGUCAGAGCUAAUUUGGCUAAACACAAACAGAAAGUGGCUAUCCUGCGAGAGGAAUUGGAGAAGGAGGAGUUCUACGUGGAGUACUUGGAGACUCUGCUGUCCGAUGUAGAGAAGCACAAGGCAGCCUCGCAGGGCAGGGAGCCCGCGGCGCCGCUCACAGCUGACGUGAACGAGCCUGAAGAUAAGGACUCCGAUAGCAAACAGGGUUCCAAUACGAAUUCAUUGACAAAGAAAAACAGUGAUAGCAUUGGAGAUUUAAGCAAGAGUGAGGAGUCAGGUAAUGAAUUAGCAGAUUGUGAAGAGGUGCAUUUGCGGGCUAAACCAGUUCGUAUCGGAGAGAGGAGCUCCGUGAACCAAUGCAUCAAUGAGAUAUCAUCGUGCCUCACUGAGGCUGCAGCCCGGAGGAGAUGCAACAGUGAAGUGGUAUCAAGAACUGCAACUGAUAAAGAAACAAAUGGCAUCGAACAAAAUAAUCUAGCACAAUGCAAAAACCGUCCAGCAUCUCAAGCAGGAGACUUUGUAACUGUCAUAGAAGUGAAUGGACUGAAAGCUGCAGAGAAUGCAGCAAAGAAAGCCGAGGAGUCUCCUCAGAGCCCCGAGUCCAGCCCAGUGGACUCCACUACAGCGGCCAAGAAGAAAGUGCCACCAAAACCGCCACCAAAAGUGUUCAGCAAGCGUGGCGCGUCGCUGCCCGAGUCGGACGUGGCUGAAGACAGCCCGCCGUCGUCCCUCGGGCGCCGCAUGCGAGCCGAGUCGCGCGAGUCCAUCGGCAGCCGCGCCUCCACGCCGUCUAUUAGCGAGAGGGUAAAAAGCUACGAGUCGAUCAACUCGCUGUCAUCAGAACGAAAGAGGUCGGGCGGCGCCGCAACUCCUCGCUCCAUAGACGAGGAAGUGACCUCCACCACGCCCGACCUGCCAGUGUCCAACGAGGUCGACAAGUCCGCUCCGGCCUCCUUGGAGAGUAUUCCCGCCUCCACGCCUAUAGUUGAAGACGAGCCCUACUACGAUCAAGUGCCGGCGGAUAUUAAUGAUGGCGAAUACGUGUAUAUUCAAGCUGGAGGCACAGGCUCAAGCGCCGAUGACGCGUCGAGCGGCACGUCGACGCUGCCGCUGUCUUCCCGCGCUCCCACCGCCCCCCGCGCGCCCGACUCACCCCCCUGCACCAUCGCCCCCAACUACGUCAACAUACAUUACUUUAUACAACAAGCGGCCGAAGGUCCAGAGCCGAGCGAAGCGGGCUCCGAGCUGGCGGACUCGUCGGACACGCCGCUGUUCCUGCGCACCAUCUCCUCCGACACCGACGCCAGCGCCACCCCGCCCGCCCUGAGGAAGCUGCACACUCAGGAAUCCAGCAACAGCAAUGCGGAGGCCGAGAGGCUCACCAUGCAGCGGUGCAUCGUCACCAGUAUUAUAGAGAGCGAGACGGUUUACGUCGAAUGCCUUUACGUCAUGGAAAAGUACAUGAAUGCAAUCAAAGCAACGCUCUCUACGUCGCAGCCUGUGAUAACCGAAGAGGAGUUCAACACUAUAUUCUACAAGAUAUCUGAACUACACGAACUUCAUAAAAACUUCUUAGAAGGACUUAAGUCCGCUGUAGCCAGUUGGGAAGAGCCGUUGUCCGUUGGAGUACAUUUUAAGAAAAUGGCCGAAAACAUAAACAUAUACGGUGCGUUCCUGCACAACUACGGGCGCGCGACGGACGCGGUGCGGCGGCGCUGCGGUAGCUCGCAGCGGUUCAGCGACCUCACGCGGCAGAUCGCGUGUCGCGGCCAGCCCAUGUCGCUGGACGACCUGCUGCACAAGCCCGUCGCCAGGGUGCAGAAGAACGCGCUCGUGCUGCAUGAUCUCAUAAAGUACACGCCGGCGAGCCACCCCGACCACGCCAUGCUGACCGACGCGCUCAACAUGACUCAGCACUUCCUCGACGAGUUCAACAUCAUACAGACCAAGUCCAUGUUCCCGCAGAAUGCCGACCGCGCUCAAAGAAGGCUUGUGAAGAACUCUUUCAUAGUAGAACUAUCUGACGGUCACAGAAAACUGAGGCACUUGUUCCUGUUUAAUGACGUCAUCGCAUGCGCUAAGUAUAAGGCAUCAGGCCGUGAGAAGUUCACAUUCGAGCUCAAGUGGUUCAUAAGCCUCGGCGACGCGGUGGUGGCGGAGGACGAGGGCGCGGAGGCGCGCGAGGCGUCGCCCGCCAACAUCGUGGCGCUCAAGUCGCAGGCCUGCACCGUGCGCGACCAGAUCUGCGCCGAGGAGCGCGCCGCUAUGGACGAUAAGAAAAUCCGCCUAGGCAGUCGAGGCAACGCCGAGAAGCAGCGCAAGAAGCUAGCCGAACUAGAGGGGCAGUUAGUGCUCGCGUCUCCCAACCUGGUGUUCCGAGUGGGGGCCCGCGCGCCCGGCGGCUCCGGCGCGCUGCAGCGGCAACACGUGUUCUUCCUCAGCUCCGAGUAUGAGCGCACGCAGUGGAUCGACUCCAUACACGCGCUGCAGUCAUCAUCAGCGCCGCCCGCCGGCUCCAACGCGAUCUCGAUGCUCGAACUACAAGCCUGGGUCACAGCAUGUCGCAGCUACUUACAAACCGACAUGGGCUCGUACCUGCUGCGCAGCGGGCGCGACGACUCGCUGCUGCUGGGCGACUUGCAGCUGCACGUCGGCGGCAUGACCGGCGCGCUGGAUACUUCUGCUGACUACUACAUAGUAGUAGAGGUGGACUCGUACGGCCACUACUUCCGCAAGGCGAAGUCCAAGCUGGUCUGCCGCAGCUCGCAGCCGCGCUGGAACGAGAGCUUCACUCUGGACCUGGAGGGCUCGCAGAACUUGAGGUUGUUGUUGUAUGAAGACGCGGCCAGGCCCGUGCUGAGGGGGAAGUGCACUUUGAAGUUAUCCCGCGACUGGGUCUCCGAGAGCGCGUCGGGCGGAGUCUCCCGCACCGUGGCUCUAGGAGGUGGUUCCCUCGCUCUCCGCCUCAAACUACUGCCGCCGGAGAUGACGGCGCGGCGGGUGCCCGCGGCCAAGCCGGGCGCGCUGUUCGGCGCUAAGAUACACCAUGUGGCCAAACGCGAGAAGCGCAACAUCCCGUUCGUGAUAAGCGCGUGCGUGCGCGAGGUGGAGCGGCGCGGCAUCCUGGAGGUGGGCGUGUACCGCGUGAGCGGCAGCGCCUCCGACCUCAACCGCCUCAAGAAGAGCUUCGAGACCAACGCAUACGAAGCGGAGCAGCUGCUGAAGGAGGUGGACAUCCACUCGGUGACGGGCGUGCUGAAGUUAUAUUUGAGAGAGCUGCCCGAGGCGCUGUUCACUGACGCUCUCUACCCGGAACUCAUACGGGCGUGGGGCGCUACGCAGGGCGCCGGCGCGUCGGCGGAGUCGGGCCCGGCGCACACGCGGCGCCACGCGCUGCUCAAGUGCUACUCGCAGCUGCCCGACCUCAACAAGAACUGCAUCGACUUCCUGCUCAACCACUUCGUCAAAGUGAACCAGCACGAGAGCGAGAACAAGAUGUCACUCCACAACCUGGCUACCGUGUUCGGGCCGACGCUGCUGCGGCCGUCAGCGUCUGCGGGCAGCAAGCAGCGCACGGACCUGCUGGCGGCCGGCACCGUGGACGCCAUGGCGCAGGCCGGCAUCCUCUACUGUCUGCUGCAGCACCGCCAGUUGGCCGCGCAGCUGUCCUCGCACCACCGCGCGCCCGCGCUGCUCGACUAGUCGUACGCACAAAUGCAAUAUCUUAGGUUUUAAGAUGCCUUUGCUACCCUAAAGUGAAGUUAAAUCCCGAAAUUCAUAGAACGAACUGUCUGUUUAGAAGAGGCUUGCAAGCGUCAUCUUGAUUAUAGUUGAACUCUUUGACAGAAAAUUAUAAUCGAAUAUUACGAAUCACGAUGAAGCCUCUAGUGAUAGUUCGUUCUAUGAAUUAGGAGGUUAGACUUUAUGGUUGCAAUCCCGAUGGUCAAGUAAGAUAUUCAUCGGCAGCUCGUUUUUACAACCGCGACGGUCUUGUAGGUAUUUAUUGUUAGGAUUUUUGGAGUAUGCUACCCGACUGUGUAUCUUAUUAGUCCAGUAGGAUAGGGUUUUUAAGUGCCGCUUUUCUAUACUGCCGAGGUCGCCUUUUACGCGUUUAUACUUACCUGUGUGACAUGCCAUAGUCUGUACUUUAUUUAAUCAUCGAGUAGAUACUACGUUACUUUGUAACUACUAAAGCGUACUAAGACAAGGUACAAGAUAUUUGUAUUUUGUACUUACAAAUGUUGGCUUGUCACUCGGACGAAUGAAAAGAUAGUGCUUGUCCGUGUGGAGUCACACUACUAGGCAUAAUUAUGUAUGUAUGUAUGUAUAUCAAUUACGAACACACUUAGCUUAUUUACUUAAAAACCAUUAAUGCGAUUUUUAUAACAAAAGAUAUACACAUUAUUUCUUGAUCAUAAACUUUUGCCAAUUUAACUGCGACUUCUAACUGCCAAAAUUUAAGAAUAUACUAAUCAUAAUCGAGUAUGCAUUCCAUAAAAUGUCAGACUGAUAGAAUAGUUAUUGAAAUACCAUUUUUACAAAAUUAUAAUUUACAAAAUUUAAGCAGAAAUAAAUAAAAUUUCAUUGAGUAUUAUAAAAAGGGACCGAACAUUUUAAUGUUUCUAAGUAUGAUUUUUGAUCAGACUGACAAUUAUGUGUGUUUGAGCUUUUAAUUCUUACACACAUAGUUACUUGUUCUUGUACUUUAUGUUGUGUGUACUAAAUGUUAUUGGGAUAUUGAUAAAUUCCAUCUAAAUGAAGUGCUAAAUCUAAUAAUAAUGAUUUCAAUGAUCUGUAAAGCCUUUACGAGAUAGAUAUCAAUUAUAUUCGGCUGCUAAAUAUUUCGAUAUGGACAUACAGGUUUAGUCCCUAUUAUUUAGCAUUUUAAAUGCUAGUCUUGCGUGUAUUUAAGUGUGGGUACAUUUGUAUUGCUCUUGCACAUUGCAUAGAGCCUUAAUGUCAAUGGUAGAGAUGUUAUGUAUUUCACAAGUAGUUUUUAAUACAAAGUGGUGUUUAUACUUUUAAGUACUUAAUAUAAUUUCUUUUACCAAAAAUAAGAAAAUUAUUAGAACAAAGUUACUUUAUAUAAUUUGUUAAAGGAAACGACACAUUUGAUUACUGCUACUAUUGUUUUGUUAAAUAUGAUUUAUUUUAUAAUAAGAAUAACUGUCUUUUUAAUAUUUUAUUUUAUUCUUUUCACCAAAGAACGGUUGUUACAGUAAUUGCACUAAUACAUAUUACACUUGCAAAUACCAGGCAGUAGAAUCUGACCAUUACAAUCUAUGAUGCUAUAAUUAUUCUAUCAUUGUGUUACACUUUUGAGCCUAGGGGUCCCACAGAAUACUACAAUACAAUGCGAUUUUUCAACGUUAAGAUACAAGUUAAUGCUAUGAUACAAAUAUAUACAAACACAUGACGUCGUCGAAAUUACAAAUUUUUGCUAUGCAAUUAGAAUUAUUCUGUUCGUGGGUUGCCCCAAAAGCAUUAGUAAGUAGUGUAAUGUAAUGUCAUUUUAUUGUAAGUAUUUUAUGCUAGUAUUUUUAUCACAUAAUUUUCAUCCGUAACUGCACAAAUUGUCUUGUGAUACGUCUUGAUUAGGCUUACAGUUGCCGGCUAACUAGUUAUAGUUGCCGCACACUCAGCUCAUUAUCACCUGCUAUAUCACUAAUCAGGAUGUGCUGGUCAAUGCUUGUUUCAUAUACAUGGAUGGCAAUUUCUUAAUUGAUCUUGUAUUAAUUUGUCACAUACACAUAUCUUUGUGACAGACUGACUAUAUUAAUGCUUGUCACUCAUCUAUGGACCCACCAGCAGGAGUACAUCAUCAGGCUUCUUUCACACACCAUUCAAUUUAUUAGUAGGUUUACCUUUAGCACACAUUUAUUAUGUAACUAUUUAGACAAGCACUGAGUCACCUUGUAGUUUUAAAUUAAUUAAUCUAGGUACUUAAACUAAUAUCAGGUGAUGUUAAAAGGUGAGUGACAAUAGUAAUGCUUUGUUGCCAAAAUUACCUUUCCAAUUAAUUUAUACUGAUACAAUAUAAUAUAAAAUUUUCGUAAUAUGUUACCUUAGACUGCAAAGUAUUGGAUAAUUUGAAGUGUGUGGUCAUCCAUCCUUUAAUUAUUAGUUUUAUUAUAACUUUAUAACAUUUAAUUUAGUAUUCAAUCUGUAUUAUAGAGAAGUAUUUACAUUAUUUUGUUCAUUACUAACCCUACCUGUACUCCAAUAAUGUAUUGAAUUUUUGUAUAUAUGACUCACUGAAAUGUAGUAAUGUAACUUUUGCAAUAAAAUGUAUUUUUAAUACA